CAAACAGUCAUCGGUUUUUGAGAUAGCUUUGAAAGCUCUGGAAUGCAGGGAUGAGUGCCCACACCGAGGAGCGUGGUUGGCGCGCCCAGCGAUCCUCCAACUACCAGAACCGUUCUGGGCAACGUCCGAAUCCCGCCCGCGAGAGGUCGGCGAACAACUCCCCCAACCCAUCAGCUGGUCAAAACUCCACGUCCGUUGGAGGCAAUAAUGCUUGGGGAAAUUCCAAUCGCGAAAAUCGCGGCAGACCUCCAAUGAGUCCCAUGGAGGAAGAACACGUGCCUGUAAACGGCUUCAACGCAAGAGACGCCAGAGAGAUGCUCAAACGAGGCUACUUUGAUUCCAUGAAUGCUGCAUAUAAAUCGGCGGGAAAGGACGCCGCCAGUACGAAGAGUGGGGGUCCGUGGGGAUCUAAGCCGAACACUAUGGCAGGUGGGCAGGACUUUUUGCUGCAGCUUCGUAAGCAAUUGGCAUCUUUGCAGCAAGGUGGCCCUGUUGCAGGCGGAUGAUGCUUGUUCAGAGCUCUUCGUUUUGGAGUAUUGGCAUUGCAGCUUUAGCAUUGGCGGCGUUUAAGGCAGGGCUACUCCUAUGCAUUGGAACACUUUGAGCAAACUUCUUUGCCUUGUAAAAUAAUGUCAUUUCCGCAUGGUUAAGCAAAGUGAGGAUGUGAAAUAGAAAACAAAACAAUUACUUCAGCAACAUUGUCGCGUGU